AUGGCAGAGGCCGCUCAACAGUCUCCCAAACUUCAAAAUGCCCCCAAAGCUUUGCCGGGAAGCGAGCCACUCCUAAACGUUCUAGAUGCCACUCUAGUCACCACCGACUUCUAUCCUCUUCAAUUCGAGAGUGCAGCUUCCCAACAGCUCACCACUAAGCUGAACGCGGGAACAAGUUCAUCUCUACUCAUUGCCUCACCUUACAACUUCGCGGAUCAGCUACUCGACUUACGCUCCUUGGACACUCCGAAUCGGCUCUUUGCUCUCGCACUCACUGGUCUCACGCCUAUCCGUCCAGGUUACGCUACGGCGCCAUAUGUCGAUUCUCUCAACUGGCAGGCCGUACUCGUCCAGCUAAGAGAGCUCGCUCGUGCUGAGAACUUUGAGUGGGAGGAGCAGAGCUUCUACGUCGUCAUCUUCCGUAGCAAGCUCAAAGAGGUUGUCGACCGGGAGUUGCUGCAUCUACUGGACCAGACAAGCCAUGUCGAAGCGACGGCCAGUGGAGGGUUGCUGAAGUAUUGGUUCGGGGAUCCUAACUCGGAGAGGAGGAACCUGGCGACCUGCCUCUGGCGCAGCAAAGAAGACGCUCGGCUCGGUGGUCUAGGUCCCUGGCACAAGAGAGCUCGCUCCGCGGCCCGCGAUCUCUACGACUCCAUCACCUUCUCCUCACACCGCUUCACCAUCAAAGACGGCAUUACCGGCUGGUCGUUCGACCAAUGGGAGCCCAAGGGAAGCGAGGUCCCUCAUCCUCACGCACCAACUUCUGUCGAACCUAGCUGCGAGAGGACUUUGCCUGCUUCAAACGAGCUCGAUAAGACACUGCCCCUUCCGCACGCUCAUGAUUCCAACCACACUUCGCAUAGCCCUACGGUCUCCCUGGGUAGCAAAUUGCCCUUGUAG